AUGGUUGGUGCAGGCUCGGUGUCAGGGCAGGCACAGUGGGAAGCGCGUAAUCCGCACCCUGCUUCCAAUGCGGCUGUGAAGCGUGCAGCUUCCGCAAAAGAGGCAGACGACGACGACGACGUAGCUGCUGGUGAGGAGCCUGUCAAUCCCGCCGUGGAACGAAUUGGUGCUGGCGUCGUGCCCCAAGGGCAACCCAAGCACAAGUUUCACCAUGAACCCAACGUCCAGCACAACGAUCCACUCAAGGAAAUCGUCGACAAGGGGCAUGCGGCGUAUCCGGUAAAGCAGGUUGCUGCCGAAGUCGAUGUUGUUCCACGCAACACCAUGUCCGAUGACGAGGCGUUUGGGAAGAAGCCAUUGAUUUUUCCUGGAGCCUCGGCGACUCGCCUUCAUGGGCAAGUGGGCGUCAAGCCAGAUGGCACACCAGGUUUUACGCUCAAAGACAAGCCCACCGAGACAGGUUUUAAGAUGCUGGCAGGCAACGGCUUCAACGCUCGCCUUAGCGACAGUAUCUCGCUUGAUCGCGAGGCCAGCGAUUUUCGUAUGCCUGCCUGCAAGUCACUGCAUUACGACCUGGAUGCUAUUCCCGAGACGAGUGUGGUGAUUGUGUUUUACAAUGAAGCCUUUUCUCCCUUGAUGCGCAGCGUGCACAGUGUUCUGAAUCGAUCGCCGCCUCAACUGCUCAAGGAAAUCGUGCUCGUUGAUGAUGGUUCGGAUAAGCCCUGGCUUCAAGAUGAGCUCGUCGACUAUGUGGCUCUCCUGCCCAAAGUUCGGCUUGUGCGACAGUCGCACCGCUCUGGACUAGUGGAGGCUCGCUUGCGUGGUAUCCGCGAGGCUCGCGCCCCCACCUUUAUCGUGCUCGACUCACACAUUGAGGUGCAACCGGGGUGGCUCGAGCCUUUGCUGGAUAAUCUGCGUCAGAACCCCCACAACAUGGUCAUGCCGCAGAUUGACAGCAUCGACCCCGAGACAUUUGAGCACAAGGCCGGCGGUAUCGGUUGCACGCUGGGCUUCAUUUGGAACUUGAUUGAGCACGGGAUGGGACUCCAGGAGCAGGAGCGUCAGCGUCGCGCUCAUGACACGGACUCGAUUCGCUCUCCUACCAUGGCCGGUGGUCUUUUUGGUGGCUGGACUGGCUACUUCUGGGAGUUGGGAGGCUACGACGAGGAGUGGGGCUACUGGGGCACAGAGAAUCUGGAGCUUUCCUUUCGAUUGUGGCAAUGUGGCGGUCGGCUUGAAUGCGAGCCGUGCUCUCGCGUGUAUCACAUCUUCCGCAAGGGUGGCGGCGCCUACUCCCUGCCUGGCAACCAUGUGCUCAAAAAUAAGCUGCGAACUGCCACCCUCUGGAUGGAUGAGUUUGGCUGGAUCACGCGGGACGUGAUGGGCAACCCGCAUACGGAGCUUGGUCCUUUGAAAAAGAUGAUCGACCUACGCGAGCGUCUGCAGUGCAAAUCGUUCAAAUGGUACUUGGAGACUGUCUUUCCCGAGUCUCCCCUGACAGAUUUGCGGCAGAUUUUGGCGCGAGGUGCCAUCAAGAAUGUUGGUGCCAACGUGUGUUUGGACCACC